GAGGGGGGAAGGAUACCGCCUUUCUCGACACGGUUCUGUGCCUCAUUGGUGUCAUGGGCGGAGAUUCCUGUCGAACAAGUAUGCAUUCACUUAUCGUACAGAAGAAGAAACAUGAAAAAUAGGAUUAUCGUUGUCAUAACUUUUGUUUUUGUAGUUAUUGCUUUUAUAAGUUUUUCUCUGGGGCAAGAGGUUACGUAA